UUCUAUCGAUGUGCAUGAAUGCAGCAAAACUUGUUGCAUAGUAAAUAUGGAAAAAUCUCUCCUAGAGGUCCCAUCAGAAGAUUGGAUGGAAUUAUGUCAGUUAUAUCGCAAAAACUGGCCAGAACAUUUGUUUGCCUAUGGUAUCGUUAGUAAUUACAUUCGUUGGAUGCAAUCCGCAUUGGGUAAUGAGAUUAGUGUGAAGAUUUUAAGCUUGAAUGGAACAUGGAGGGAAAAUGGUACCUUUGUACUAUUUGAUGAUUUUGAAAUCUAUUUUUAUUCAUUUGACGCUGACACAAAUUACUCGACCCUCACCGAUGCGUUAUGUUUGGUGCCGUGGGAAAUAUAUUCAGAAGUCAGCACCGACUUCCUAGAGCGCCAUCGACUUGCUUUUAACAAAGCCGUGUCUUACAGAAAACUAACUAUCGCUAAGGAUUCUGCAGCAAAUUUUUAUUAUAUGUCUAGAAUAGAGGUUGCAAGGCUCGAGUUUCAUAAUCCACCAUCUUUCCACUUGAAACGAAUAUCAAUUGAUAAUCUAGACUACAUUUACAAUCGAUGGGCUUUGAGAGAAAGCAUCAGUCGUUCAGCAGGGUACAAUCUGCUGAAACGGCUAAUUUUAUUGAACGAAAGCAUUGGCCUCUAUAAUGAGAACGGAACACUAGUUUCCUGGUGCUUGCGAGACCAAACCGGAGCAUUUGCCGAUCUGCAGACUUGUGAACAUCAUCUACGCAAAGGAUACGGGCGAGUGGUAGUUGCCAGCUUGGCUAGGUGUUUGGCUGAGCAGGGAGACGAAUCGUAUGCCUUUGUGCUAAGUGACAAUUAUAAGUCUUGCAGGUUAUUCGAACAGCUCGGCUUCCGAAACAUUGAAGGUUUAUGCUGGGUGGUAAUCCGUCCCAAAAAUGAUGAUACUGUAAAUCCAUGAGCUGUAUUAUAUAAC